AUGGCGUGGCGUGAAGCUUUGAGAAAACCGGUAGCUAAACCAACUGCACCAAAACCAAAGUUUGAUACUAAAGAUGAUGAUUGGGAAACCGAUAUUAAUUAUGAAAAUCAAACAAAUGAAAAAUCUCAACGUUACGGUUCAACAAGUGUACCUGGUUCUGGUCGAGUAGAUCAUGUUGAUUUUAAAUCUCUUCAAGAGAAACUUAAAACAGCUGAUAAUACUGUUAAACAAACAUAUCAAGAAAAAAAUCCUAAUCGUGGUUAUGGAGGAAAAUAUGGAACAGAUCAAGUUAUGGACAAAUCUGCAGCUGACUAUUCCUACAAAGCUGACGUUCAAAAACAUUCCUCACAAACAGAUGCUGAACUUGUUUUUGCUCAUAUACAAUUAGAAGCUAAUCAUGAAAGAUUACCAGCAAAUAUUGGUAAAGCUAUGCAAGCAUUAUGGAAUGAUAAUGGUGUUCAAGCAUGUUUUUUACGUGCUCGUGAAUAUUAUCUUAAUGAUUCAGCAGCUUACUAUUUAAAUUCACUUGAUCGACUUAUACAAUCUGAUUAUAUUCCUACGCAACAAGAUGUUUUGCGAACUCGUGUUAAAACAACUGGUAUUGUUGAAACAACAUUUACAUUAAAAAACCAUAGAUUUCGGGUUGUUGAUGUUGGUGGUCAAAGAAGUGAACGUAAAAAAUGGAUACAUUGUUUCGAAGAUGUAACAGCUGUUAUAUUUGUUAGUGCUCUUAGUGAAUAUGAUCUUGCUUCAGUCGAAGAUGAUAGUAUUAAUCGUAUGCAAGAAAGUCUACAGUUAUUUAAAUCAAUUUGUAAUAAUCGAUUUUUUCGACAAACUGGAAUGAUUUUAUUUUUAAAUAAAAAAGAUUUAUUUGCAGAAAAAUUACGUUUUUCAUCAAUACAUACUUGUUUUUCUGAAUAUACUGGACCUAAUACAUAUGAAUCUUCACUUCAUUAUAUUCAAGAACAAUUUGAAAAAAUGGAUUUACGUGAUAACCAUAACGGUCAUGAACGUGAUUUAUAUACGCAUAUAACAUGUGCCACAGAUACAGAAACAAUGCAGUUUGUCUUUGCUGCUAUAUCAGAUAUGAUUGUACAAACAAAUCUAAUUCAUGCAGGAAUUUUUUGA